AUGUUGCCCAAGAUCACACUCGGCGCUCUGCUACCUCUGGUCAGCUUUUUUGGACCAGUACAUUCAUGGCAACAAGAAGUCCAUAACCAAAUUGGCUUCAUGGCCGACGAAAUGAUUAGCACUGCGACGCGAGAAAUGGUUGCCUCAAUCCUAGAGCCCGAGUACCAGGGGUCCCUGGGCCGUGCCGCUGGAUGGGCCGAUACCGUGCGCAGAAAUCCACAUCCUUACAGCUAUACCUGGCAUUUCAUCAGCGCGCGUGACAAUCCGCCAGACGAUUGUGGUUUAUACUACCACCGUGAUUGUCAAAAGGGCGGCUGUGUGGUUCAACAAAUUUCAAACCAGACAAAGAUUCUCGAGAAAUGUCUGAGAGCGCAGCAGAAUGGCCGUAUUGAUGCAAAGGGAGACUACAACAGCAGGUCACCGGGCAAGAUUGUAUGCUCCGAGGCGUUGAAAUGGGUCACGCACUUUGCCGGAGACGUUGCGCAGCCGUUGCACACGUCCAACCGGGCAACGGGCGGCAAUUCCAUCAAGGUCAAGUUUAAUGGAACAGACUCGGAUUUACACAAGGUGUGGGACCGCGAUAUUUUAUACGCCUUGGCACCGUUACCCAACGGCCCGCCCGCAACGUCUCUACAUCCAUUCUUUGCAGGUCUCGUCUCGCGGAUCCGGGACGACGCGUUCCGCUCGCCGCGGUCGACCUGGGCCAUGUGCGACUUUGACGCGCGGAGAGACACGUUUUGCCCCGAGCAGUGGGCGCGGGACUCGAACGCCAUUGUCUGCGACUACGCCUAUGGCAGGUACGUCGAGGGCAGCGACUUGUUUCUCGGCAGCGAUCGGUAUGCCCAGGGCGCCAUGCAUAUUGUAGAGCAGCAGAUUGCCAAGGCCGCCUUUCGGUUGACUGGGUGGCUGGAUGCCCUCGUUGAAAGAGUAUCUGCCGAAGCCGACGGACCAGACGGCAGUAGCAGAACAGACGAGAGCCGGGACAAGCCGAGAAUUCAAAGCACCAGCAACGAACUGUAA